AUGGAGAACGAGCCUGGAAUAGUGUCUCCUUUCAAACGAGUCUUCCUGAAGGGCGAAAAAGGUCGGGAUAAAAAAGCCCAGGAGAAGGUUACGGAGAGACGGCCUCUGCAUACGGUGCUGGUGUCCCUGCCCGACCGCGUCGAACCGGACGUGCUGCUGAACGACUACAUCGAGAAAGAAGUGAAGUAUUUAGGUCAACUCACGUCCAUCCCAGGGUACCUGAAUCCCUCCAGCCGCACAGAAAUCCUGCAUUUGAUCGAUAAUGCAAAGAGAGCACACCAGCUCCCGGGGCAGCUGACCCAGGAACACGACGCGGUCAUCAGUCUCUCUGCCUACAACAUCAAGCUGGUGUGGAGGGAUGGAGAAGAUCUCAUCCUCAGGGUCCCCAUCCAUGACAUCGCGUCCGUUUCCUACAUCCGAGAUGACUCCUCUCACUUGGUUGUGCUGAAAACAGCUCAGGACCCCGGGAUCUCCCCAAGCCAGAGUCUCUGCGCCGAGAGCUCCAAAGCUCUGACUUCAGGCUCGCUGUCGGAGAGCGGGGUGGUCCCCGUCGAAGCUUGUUGCUUGGUGGUCCUGGCUACGGAGAACAAAGUGACUGCCGAGGAGCUGUGCUCCCUUCUCAGCCAAGUCUUCCAGAUUGUUUACACUGAGUCCACGAUAGACUUCUUGGACAGAGCAAUAUUUGAUGGGGCGUCCACGCCGACACGGCACAUGUCCUUACACAGCGACGACUCUUCUACAAAAGUGGACGUUAAGGAAUCCUACGAAACGGAAGCAAGCACUUUUUCCUUUCCAGAAACCUUGGACGUGGGUGACAACUCCCCCUCUUCCUUCUGCACGCAACAGUCACCACACAUCAAGACGGUCAGCGAGAGCGAGCUGAGCACCACGGCGACAGAGCUGCUCCAGGACUAUAUGAUGACGCUCCGAACGAAGCUCUCCUCCCAGGAGAUCCAGCAGUUCGCAAUGCUCCUGCACGAGUAUCGCAACGGCGCUUCGAUCCACGAAUUCUGCAUCAACCUGAAGCAGCUCUACGGGGACAGCAGAAAGUUCCUGCUCUUAGGGGACCCAGGUCUUCGCCCCUUCAUCCCCGAGAAGGACAGCCAACACUUCGAGAACUUCCUGGAGACCAUCGGCGUGAAGGACGGCCGCGGCAUCAUCACCGACAGUUUCGGGAGGUACAGGCGGACGCUCAGCACCACCUCCAACUCCACCACCAACGGCAACGGCGCCGCGGGCAGCUCGGACGACCAGUCCGGCCCUUCCGAGGAGGACGAGUGGGACCGCAUGAUCUCGCACAUCAGCAACGACAUCGAAGCCCUGGGCUGCAGCAUGGACCGCGAUUCCUCCUGA